AUGUGGAUUGGUUGUGACGUGACUCCUCCUCCUCCUUCGGCAGUGAAGGCCUCGGUGUGUCUCAGUAAAGAUGGCGGAAUCCUGCGGCCGGGUCAGACGAUCAUCGAGCACACGGCGGAGGGCGUCUGUCACACCGCGCACUGCACCUCGCUCAUCGAUCCCGUCUCCAGAUAUCACCAAAUCAACGUCUCGUCUCUGCGCUGCGCCGCCCGCUGCCAGCCGAACCAGGUGUACGAGCCCCCGAGGGACGUCCCCCGCUGCUGCGGACAUUGCCGUAACGUGUCCUGUACUCAGACCCUGCUGAACGGAACUCUCCUCACUCACAGGCCCGGUUCCUCCUGGAUAGCUAAGUGCCUGAGAUACGACUGUACAAACACCUCAGUAGGACCGAUAUUAAUGACCUCCGCCAUCAACUGCCCCCCCUUUAAUGAGACCGAAUGUAUAAAGAUGGGCGGGUACGUGGUUUCCUUCCUGGACGGAUGCUGUAAAACAUGUAAGGAAGAUGGAAAGUUCUGUAAGCGGGUGACGGUCCGGAUGACGAUCAGGAAGAACGAUUGUAGAAGUAACACCCCAGUGAACAUCGUGUCAUGUGACGGAAAGUGCCCCUCCGCCAGCAUCUACAACUACAACAUCAAUACCUAUGCCCGCUUCUGCAAGUGCUGCCGGGAGCUCGGCCUCCAGCGGCGGGUCGUUCAGUUAUAUUGCACCGGAAACUCCACUUGGGUCAAUUAUUCCAUCCAAGAACCGACAGACUGUUCCUGCCAGUGGUCCUGAAUGGGAUGGACAGUGAGGGAGCGAGCGGGAGACCCGGGAUCAGGUGGAGGGAGGUGGGCUUGUAGUCUGGUCCACCUCGUCAGGACGGGUUCCCAGGAAAAGUGCCAAUCUUCUGAAUGACUAUUUAUCACAGGAACUUGCAGCCAGGCAGACGCCGCCACCGCCGCACUUCGCUUUCCUUCCACUUCUUAGUCCUAGAAUCCAAUGACAGCGCUCCCCCCGGAAAUGGUGCGUCUGUGUGCGUCCGUUCGCCACGCGUCACCUCUGUGCCAACCGCCCUCCACUCACCUCAGCCAAUGGAAAGCCAUGCGGGACAGCUGCAGAGAGGACAAGCUUCCAGGUCACCCAUCCUCCGCUGAAUUCAUAAUGACCCCCCCACCUGCCCCCUCUCCUCUGUAUUGACCCAUUUCACCACCGGGUGGCGCUGUCACUCAGCACUGCUGUAUAAUAUGACCCACAGAGCUUACACUCUAACCCCCCACACUGGACUUGUAAGUUAUUGUCUGUAGUCUGCCAUCGCAAUGCAAGUAAAUUGUAUGAUUGAUGAGA